AUGGAACAAAGAAGUGCGUUUGUGUCGGCGUUGAGUGUGGGAAUAGGAAUAGGAGUUGGGCUUGGAGUGGGGAGGACGGUGAAUCGUUUGACCAGCGGUGGUGAUUCGUCCGCAAACGGCAUCACGCCACAGAUAAUGGAGCGUGAAAUGAAAAGUAUGAUUAUUGAUGGUAAAGACAGCAAGGUCACUUUCUAUGAAUUUCCAUAUUAUCUAAGUGAGCAGACAAGGACCUUACUGACUAGUGCUGCCUUUGUUUAUUUAAAGAAUAUCGAUUUUGCUAAGCACACACGGAACCUUGCUCCUGCAAGCCGAACUAUAUUGUUAUCAGGGCCUGCUGAACUUUAUCAGCAAAUGCUUGCCAAGGCUUUGGCUCAUUUUUUUGAUGCCAAACUGCUAUUGCUGGAUGUUACAGAUUUCUCACUAAAGCUCCAAAGCAAAUACGGGGCUUCUGUUAAAACAAAUUCCUUGAAAAGGUCUAUAUCAGAAACAACUUUGGCGAGAAUGUCUGGCUUAUUCGAAUCAGGACUGUGCGUGGUCCAACCCAAACCCGAAAGAAGAGGGGGCUUACGUAGACAAAGCAGUGUUGCAGAUUUAGGAACAAGAGGGCCUGAAGCUAUCCAGAAUCCCCCAAACCUGAGGAGAAAUGCAUCUACGGCAGCUAAUAUGAACGAGCUUGCUUCAAACUAUACUCCUGUAAAUCCAGCUCCACUUAGACGAACAAGCAGCUGGUCUUUUGAUGAAAAGCUUUUUGUACAGACCCUAUACAAGGUUCUUACUCAAACGUCAAACAACACUCCGAUUGUGUUAUAUCUUAGAGAUGUCGCGAAGUUCCUAGGAAAAUCACAAAGGAUAUAUACCUUAUUCCAGAAAAUGUUGAAAAAACUAUCUGGACCAGUACUAAUCCUAGGGUCACAAGUUGCGGAACUUGAUACAGACUACAAUCUAGUCGACGAGAGGAUUACUUCUGUGUUUCCAUACACCAUUGAUAUCAAACCUCCCGAGGAAGAAGACCAUCUCGUUAGUUGGAAGAACCAGUUGCAAGAAGACAUGAAGAUGAUCCAGUUUCAAGAUAACAGAAAUCAUAUUAGUGAAGUUCUUGCAGCUAAUGAUCUUGAGUGUGAUGAUCUUGGUUCUAUAUGUGUAUCUGACACAAUUGCUCUCAGCAAAUACAUCGACGAAGUGGUGGUAUCAGCAAUUUCUCAUCAUCUAACAAGUACUAAGAAUCCUAACUACAGAAAUGGAAGACUAGUUAUUUCUGCUGAAAGUUUGGCCCACGGAUUGAGUCUAUUCCAUGAAGUUAAAUCUAUAAAAAAUAACCCAUCGAAGGAGACAACAGGGAAAGGUGCUGCUGGCACAAAAUCAGAAACAAAACCUGAAGCUGCCGCUCCUAGUGAAGCAGAAGCAGCGGCCCCUAAGAAUGCGGAUAAUGUUGCUCCCCCACCAGCAAAAGCUCCAGAAGUACCAGACAAUGAAUUCGAGAAACGCAUUAGGCCAGAAGUCAUACCGGCACAUGAAGUUGGGGUAACAUUUGCUGACAUUGGUGCUUUAAAUGAGAUCAAAGAGUCACUUCAAGAACUAGUAAUGCUACCACUAAGAAGACCAGACUUAUUUGUGGGAGGCCUUUUAAAACCAUGUAGAGGAAUAUUACUAUUUGGCCCUCCCGGAACCGGAAAAACUAUGCUAGCAAAGGCCAUUGCUAAUGAAGCUGGAGCAAGUUUUAUUAAUGUUUCUAUGUCUACUAUCACUUCAAAGUGGUUCGGUGAAGAUGAAAAGAAUGUUCGAGCCUUGUUCACUCUUGCCGCUAAGGUCUCACCAACUAUAAUAUUUGUGGAUGAGGUUGAUAGCAUGCUGGGUUCGCGAUCAAAAGGAGGAGAGCAUGAAGCUAUGAGGAAGAUUAAGAAUGAGUUCAUGACUCAUUGGGAUGGACUAUUAUCUAAAACUGGUCAAAAACAAAUUCUUGUUCUUGCUGCAACUAACAGACCAUUUGACCUUGAUGAAGCAAUUAUCAGACGUUUUGAAAGAAGGAUAAUGGUUGGGCUACCAUCUGUAGAGCAGAGGGAAAAUAUCAUGAGAACUCUUUUAUCAAAAGAAAGUGUCGUUGAAGGGUUGGACUUUAGAGAGCUUGCAAACAUGACAGAUGGAUUUAGUGGAAGUGAUUUGAAGAAUUUGUGUACAACUGCGGCUUAUCGACCUGUUAGAGAGUUGAUUCAACAAGAGAGGAAAAAGGAUAUUGCUAAAAAAAUCCAAGCUGAGAGUGGUGUCGGCUCACAAACCCCUGAAGACCCUAAAGAUAGGGUGAUAACUAUCAGGCCACUUAACUUGAAAGACUUCAGGGAAGCUAAAACCCAGGUGGCAGCUAGUUUUGCAGCCGAAGGCUCAAUAAUGAGUGAGCUGAAGCAAUGGAAUGAUCAAUAUGGGGAGGGAGGUUCGAGGAAAAAGGAGCAGUUAUCUUACUUCCUGUAAGUAUCAUCACCUCCUGAUUAAACCUCUACAGUUGUCUUCAUAAUAAAUAAAAAAAAAUCACCCAAAGUCCCAAACAUUAUCCUAUAAUAUGAAUCCUACUUAAAUCUUUACAACUCAUGUAUCGGCUUACAUUCGCAACGGUUAACCACACUGUGUCAACACUUUGGGUCAGUCAGAUGUAUGAUUAGGAAGUACAAGAAAGACCCUUUAUAAGGGAAACCGUGUUGUGUAAUUAUUUUUUUUUACAUUUUUCUAUCUCUCAUA